AGUGGAGCCAUAAUAUUAUGUUAUGGGCUGAUAGAGGCCCAGGUUCUUUAACCUGUAGCAAUCAAUCCGCAUCACCUUUUAAGCCAUUUCGAAACCCUAAUUUCAUCUCCGAAGUUAGAGUUUAGAGGAGCGGCGUAACAUCUGCAACCAUGGGGAUUAGUCGUGACAGUAUGCACAAGAGGCGUGCCACUGGUGGCAAGAAGAAGGCCUGGAGAAAGAAGCGAAAGUAUGAGCUUGGAAGGCAGCCAGCAAACACUAAGAUCUCCAGCAACAAGACUGUUAGGAGGGUAAGGGUUCGUGGUGGUAAUGUCAAGUGGCGGGCUUUAAGGUUGGAUACCGGUAACUACUCAUGGGGAAGUGAGGCUGUAACACGCAAGACCCGUAUUUUGGAUGUGGUUUACAAUGCAUCGAACAAUGAGUUGGUCAGAACUCAGACACUUGUCAAGAGUGCAAUCGUUCAGGUUGACGCCGCACCUUUCAAGCAAUGGUAUCUUCAACACUACGGUGUUGAGAUCGGCCGCAAGAAGAAAACAGUUGCUGCUACAACCAAAAAAGAGGGAGAGGAAGCGGAAGGUGCAACAGAAGAGGCCAAAAAGAGUAACCAUGUUGUGAGGAAACUGGAAAAACGUCAAGAGGAGCGCAAACUGGACCCUCAUGUCGAAGAACAAUUCUCUAGUGGUCGUCUUUUAGCUGCCAUCUCCUCACGUCCUGGCCAGUGUGGUCGUGCUGACGGAUACAUAUUGGAAGGGAAAGAGCUUGAAUUCUACAUGAAGAAGCUCCAGAAGAAGAAAGGGAAGGGUGCUGCUGCUUAAAAUCAUGUUUCCUAAUAAUAGAGUUGUAUUUCUUUUAUUUAUUUUUGAGGAAUGACAGGACUCGGAUUUUGUUGACUUUUGUUAGUUAGGUUUGAGUUUUGUUGACUAUUUUUCUACAUUUAUUGUCAUGACUUCCAUAUGCAUGCAUGCAUGUUUAAAUUCAACUGAAGUGGAUUUAGGUUG